GAAAAAUCUCAAUCCAUUAGAAGUAAAAAAAAAAAACGGAUACAACAGUACAGAAUAAACUGAUAAUAACAAUAAUCAUCAUACCAAUAAAAAGACAAAAAACAACAACAACAACAGAAUAACGAAUGAUUGCUGCAUGUUUUGUACUCUCACCUAUUUCAUUCCCUACUGUCUCGUGUGUUAAUAUAAUAAUGUAGCCAACAAACAACAUGUGCAUGGCGAUGUGUUCAUUUGUGAUGUGUCAGUCGAACUUCUUACUCUAUAAGCCUUCAGCUCUUCUUAGAGGGGAUUUUUAUUAGUAUAAUUAUUAUGAUUAUUUUCUUCCUUUUAGAGUUUAUAACUGGUCAAUUAUUGUCUCACACGUUUGUUAUUUUAUUUUUGUUCAUGAAACCCUCUCUACUCAUCACAUGGAUUGCAUAUCCCACUGUCUCUGUGUAUCAUUGCAAAAUGUUAUCAAAUAAUAAAAACAACUAAUAAGGUGCAAAGUUGAAAUGUACACUGAAAGAAAAUUUUGAUUAUGCCUAUCGAUCAAUCGAUCAUUUAAAUGAAGCGCCCAUAGCGCGUGGACAGCAUUUAAACAAAAAAUAAAACAUUGAUAAUUUUCACAUUCCAAAUGUAAUUAUUUGCAAGAACCAUUGCAUUCACACAAUCCAUGUUUAUUUUAAUGUAUAUUAAUGAAUUAUACCUCAGAAAAACUCGGUUUCAAAGAAAAAAUUAUUAAUAUUAUUAUUAAUAACAAUCAAAACAAUCAUGCAUUCCAUAAAUAUGUUUAUAUUACCCUUCAUUAUUGAAUGUAUUUACUUCUCAACACUUUGGUUAACACUUAAAUGUGAAACAAAUCUGUUGGACAUUGAAAAUAUUAAUAAAAAUGAUGCCUCGUCAACAUCAUCAUCAAACAUGAAACAUCGUAUUCAACUUCACCUAAAUGAUAAUACAUCAGCGAAUUAUUUAGUUGGAAAUAUCUUAACUGGAAAUUAUAUGAAAGAAUAUCAAACUGGAAGACAGUAUAAAUUUCUACGUUCCAUGUUAGUCCCUGACACAUAUUUCCAUUUAACAACACAAGGUGAUUUGUAUACACGUGAUUUUAUUGAUCGUGAUAUAAUAUGUCAUCGGUUAGAUUGUUGUCAUUUAGACUAUUGUCAGGUAAAUAUUGAAGCCUAUUUAUUCAGUACAAAUCCUACACCGAUUAAAAUUCAUAUCACAGUAUUCAUUGCUGAUGAAAAUGACAAUGCACCCUUAUUUCCAAAGACGAAUAUUAAAAGUAAUGAAGGUUAUAAUGUAGGAAAAUAUGCAGACUUAAGUAUUUAUGAGCUGAAUAUACCAGAGUCAGCGUCAGUGGGCAGUAGGUAUUCAUUGCCUAUGGCUACAGACUUAGAUUCACCACGGUUUGGAAUUAAACAGUAUCAGCUACAACUAAUCGAUAAACAGACUGGCCACGAUAACAAUAAUGAUAAUAACAAUAUAAGAAGACGAAAUAAACACUUAUCAAGCUUAGAAUCACCAUUUACACUGAUUAAUGGUGUACAAAGUCCUGGUGGAGGUGUCGCUUCUAAAGCGAGUGUGGUAGGAUCACCACAACUUCAAGUUGAUCAACAAUUAGAUCGUGAAGAAAAAUCAAUAUACUUUUAUCGUCUAAUUGUUCAAGAUAAUGGUCAACCACCUCUGCAGUCUGCUAUCAUGUUACAUGUGAAAAUAACUGAUGUAAAUGAUAAUGCUCCGAAAUUUUUUAACUUAUCCACAGAUACUACUCAUGAUGUUGAUGGCAGUAGCAGUAGUGCGAGUAUCUACAUUAUGGAAAAUACAACAGUUGGCACUAAAAUUUUCCACUUCCAUACAGUUGAUUUAGAUGAUGGGGAAAAUGGCAAUGUCACCUAUUGGAUUGACUGGAAUGCUAUCUAUGGUGAUUUAAGUCAACAGACUGUUCAAUCGAUUGUUUCAAAGUACACUCUGAACCCAGUGAAUGGUGAACUGAGAGUGUCCAGUGAAUUGGAUUAUGAAAAUGAAUAUGAGCGUAAAGUUGUAAUGCUUAUACAAGCCGUAGAUAACGGUUUGCCUAGGCUAACGUCUAGUCUUAGUUUUACAGUUAAUUUACUGGAUAUAAACGAUAAUGAUCCAGAGAUUGAAAUGCAACAGACACAAUCGAAUACAACGGGCUACAAUGAAGGAUACACUCAAGAGGCUGGCAAUGAUCUACCUCUACUGUAUGAAAAUAAUCCCAAUUCUCAACUAUUACGUUUAUUAUCUAUCAAAGAUAAAGACAAUUGUUCAGUGAAUAAAAUCACUUGCCAGUUGAUUGAUGAAAAAGAAAAUCGUAAAAAUUUUCGCUUAAUUUCUUAUUCAAAUUAUGCUUAUGGCUUGUUAAAUCAACGUGAAUUCGACUAUGAAAAGGAUACAAACGCGAAUGGCAACCUGCUGGCUGGUAUACAAUGUCAUGAUUUAGCUGAACCGCCAAAAUUGAUUAAAAAAUGGUUUGAAAUCCCACUGGGUGACUUGAAUGAUAACUGGCCACAGUUUAAUCAAACGAAUUAUGCCUUUUACCUGUAUGAAAAUGUACCAAUAAAUACACAGAUUGGUCAGAUUUAUGCUACAGAUUUAGACUCAGGUAUUAAUGGGAAAUUAGUGUAUGAAUUAAUGUCAGACAAUUUAGACCUGCUUAAUUUAAUUAAAAUCGAUUCAAAAACAGGUAUCUUGUAUACAAGUGGUUUGUUGGAUAGAGAAUUAAUCAGUGUAUUGAAUUUUCUAGUUACCGUAACAGAUUGUGAUGGUGGGGAAGGCGGUAGCGUUGCUUAUCAUAAUGAAAGAGAGAAUUCAAAUCUUAAACUGUCAAUUAAAACAAACACUACAAGUUUAAAAAUUCAUCUACUCGAUGUAAAUGACAAUGCACCAAAGUAUAUUGGACCAUUGGAGAUACAUGUUGAAGAGAAUUUUCCUAUUGGCACUGAAAUAUUGAAUCGAUUGAAUUAUAUUGAUCCAGAUUUAGAAGAGAAUUCAACAAUUACAGUGAAACUAUUGGACAGGUCGUCUUUAUAUUCAUCAAAACUACUACAAGAUAAAUAUGCGCCCUAUCAUCAUGACAAUGAAGGCAGUCAAAGUUCUUUUAUUACUGUAGACAAUAAGUUAAGAUUAAUAGUUUCUGGUCCAUUGGAUCGAGAGAAUCAAGCUCAGUUUAUUUUAACGCUGAUAGCUUUUGAUCAUGGGAAAGUGGUUAGUCAAACGAGUACAACCACUCUGACAAUAUUUGUUGAUGAUACUAACGAUAAUGAACCACAACUGUUAUAUCCAAGAAAUGCAAGUCUGCUAUUUGGUAUGUCUGAAAGUUCUGGUUGGUUGAAUAGUUUGUCUACAUCGACAGUUCCAGCAGAUACACCAUUUGGUACAUUGAUUGCAACUAUACGUGGAAAGGAUCCAGAUGCUGGGGAGAAUGGUACAGUAAUCUAUUCUGUAGUACCAAGUAAAGUGUAUCAUUUGCAACAACAAAUCAUGAAACAACCCGCCGAACAACAUCACACAGGUAGUUUAGACGGGAAGUAUUCCGGUCGUAUUAAAAAUAGUAAAAGUAUCACUAAAGUAGAGGAUAAGAGCACUGAAAAUGAGAAAUUUGUUAAAAUUCACGAUGGUUUCUUUUAUUUUACAAUCGAUGAACAAACAGGUCAGCUAACAACCUUUUGGGGUAAUGAUAUGAAAGAAGUGGAGACUUCUGCUUCAAUUAGUAGAAAACACUCAACGAACUCAAAUAAAUCUCAUUCCGGUAAAUCUUCCAUAGAUAGAACUUACGACAAGAAAAACAAAUUGACAAAGCGCUUAAAAUCAAGAGGUCAACCAACGCCUGGAUUAUAUUUAAUCUCUGUGAAUCUAAAAGAUAAAGGUGAACCACAACAUACCACUGAGGCCAUCUUCUAUGUAAAUAUCAGUGAACCAAUCGGUGAUCAUUUUGGCUUUUGGACACUGCAUGACUCAAACAUGAGUAAUACAAUAAUAUUAAUAUUAAUUAUUGUUUGCAGUCUAGCACUGAUAAUCAGCUUAACCGCAGCCAUUUUAUGGGUACGUUUCAGAUCAGACAAUCAGAUGUCAAGACCUACAUCGAACGGGGCAUAUAAACAGGGCACACUGAUUACUACAGAUCCUCAUAAUCCUAAUAUGAACUGUGAAUUCUAUCAUUCAGGGAGUUUAUCACCUGUAGGCGAUAUAAGAUACGAAAAAGCAUACAUAAAUUCUAACGGUUCAACAUUUAUCUCACCGGAUGUUUUAGCCACUCAUUCAAAGUGGAAUGAAACGAUGUUUGACUGUUGCGUUCCUACAGAUUAUACAACAUCUGGAGGAUACUGUGGUGGGACAAUGCUGACAGGAACUCUGAUUAACAGCACGAAUCAAAAGCUGCCUGGUUACAUGCAACCCUGUUACAGCAGUGAAGAUAAUAAUCAGUCAGCAAUACACUUAUAUCCUAUUCAUAUGAGUGAAUCAAAUGAUGCCUACAACGGUAUGACUACUAAUCGUAAUACAAUUGAUAGGAAUGAAUGGAUGUCAACCAUGGGAAAGUAUUGUAAUCUGCAUCAAACUGUUACCAGUACAACAACUCCAUUGAUGAUUAAUGCAUCAGAUGCACAAGUUCCAAAUCUUGUACGCAUAGAUCCAUUCGUGAAUAGGAUAGAUUUAUAUGGUAAAAAUGCAUCACAAAUGAUCAAUAUUGGUAGUACUUCUAGUAAUCUUCCCAAUACUGUUAUCCUCGGCAAUCAUAACAACAACAACAACAACAGUACAGGUGGUAGUGAUAGUGGAGUGGACAGUGGAGCGGGUAUAAUUAUCACUACUGAAUCUUAUCUACCCUUAUCAUCUUCAUCGCCUAUAAAGGAUGCUGGAGAGAUGAAACACAAUGUGAUUAACUGUAAUGGUUUACUUGACAGUUCUGUUACACCACCACCGUUAGUCAAUGGUCAUGAUCAUACUACUAAAAACAUUGAUGAUAGUAGUAUAAAUGAACAAUAUGGAAUUAUUACCUUUUCACCUAAAAAUACAAUUAAACCUUCAGAACAAAUGACCAGACAACAAAUGCAUAAUUUUCCUAGGUUGAAUAUUUAAAAAAGCAACUUUUCUUUCUCCUAUUACACACUCACUCACACACACACAUACACACACCACACUGAACUGUUUAUUAUUAUUACAGGCAAUUUUUCAGUGAAACAAAUUUGUCUAUCCGGUGGGAUAUAAAACAUUCAUAUUUAUAUUACAAGUGAAUUACUUUCAAGUAUACAUUCCUAGUUCUCUAUUUUUCUGUUGCUAUGACAACACCGUAAUCUGAAAUUUCGAUGCUAUUUCUACACACUUCACAACACACAACAUCGUAAAUGAAUAUUUCGUAGUUAAAUCUCUGGCGUAAGGAAACCAGUUCCUUCGAACAGUAACAGUGAAACGCGAUGAAGAUCCCUGGAAAAUGAUUUUGAGUGCUUUGAUAAUUUUAUAUAUAUAUAUCUGUGCUGCAAUUGUUGUUGUACUUGUUGCUAAUCUUUUGCUUUUGUGUUCAUUGAUGCCUGCCUGCGCAUGUUUGUGUGUGUGUACCUACAUGUGUUUAUGUGAACACAUAAAAGUUGUGUAUUUUGUAAUCAUAUUUUCAGCGUUUACAUUUCCCGCUUUCAUGUCAAUGUGUCCAAUGAUUUUUAAACAAAAAACUGAUCAACUUUGAAUUAAUUGUUCAAUGUUCAAGAAAUUUACAAACGUUUAUAAUUAGUAUAUAUAUUUAUAUGCUAUAUAAAAAAUAUCUUUUUAUCAAUCACUUAAUUGUUGAAAAAGCAGAAGUUCAAAAUAAGAACACGCAAAUUGUGAACAUUAAUGAUAGAUUUAUUGAUAUUUUGUCCUGACUUUCAUUAACGGCGAAAUGUCCCUUGAUAGAAUGAACGUUGAAUUACUCUAAACUAUUUCGAGGUGAAAAAAAUUCGAAUAUUUUCUCGUCAAUUUUAUCUUACAGACAACAUUUUCUUCUUCUUGUUCGUGUGUGUGAGUAUGUGCAAUCGAUAAAUAAUGAGCAUAAUUGAUUUUUAUUAUUAUUAUUAUUGAUUUCUUAUUUUAAACAAUCAUUUAGCAAAAAGAGUAAAAGGGCAAUAAACUGAUGAAGAUAAUAUUUUUCUCCGAUUUCUUUUCUUUCUUUUUUUUCUAGGCUCAUCAGUUUUUCUUCUUUUGCCUGGCUUCUUUUGCGUUUGUCUGUUGGUGUGUGUGUGUGCGUGUAGGUUGUUUGUAUUCAUUUUCUACGCAUUGAACAUUUUUCGUAACAAUAUAAAAGAAGAUGUUUGGUUUUAAAAGCACUAAAGUGAUUGCUAUCGAUCAAGACUUAUUGAUUUUGAUGAUAUGUCUACUAGAUAAAGGCUUUUCGAGUGUGUGUGAUCAA